AUGUGUAUAUUGCUCUCAAAAUACCCUUUAAAUAAGGAAGAAAAUGCUUUGAAUAAUAAUCCAACUGAUUUUGUAUAUGGAAAGAGUCAAGAUAAUAUCUACCAUAAAUUACAUCAAGUCGAUGUUAGUCCUAUCACUAAUGCAUUCCUUAGCAAACCAAGUCCAUUCUUAAUUCCAAAAGCUAAAGAAUCUCGUGCUGUGUUAUUGUCGUUUCCAAAUCAGCCUACAAUUCCAUUUGAUUUCACUCAUAAAAAUGCUUAUAAGAGAGCUAGUGCUUCUGUCAAACCAUUAAUUCUCACGAAAAUCCCUUUACCUAAAACUAAGUACUCAGAUGAAACAGCUGCUCAGAGUUUUACAGUUGUUGGUGAAUUUAGUGGUUUAUUACAUAGCACGGAUUCCAACAAGACAUUUCGUAAUAUAUAUUAUAAAUUAGAAGAUUUUAUUCUUAGUAUGACAUCUUUAACUUGUUUAGAAAGUUCUGUGGCUGUUCCUAAAUUUGAUCCUCCUUUUAAAUUUCUCGUUACGAAACAAAAUCUGGAACAUAAUGACGAAGAAUUGACUCUUGGAAAAUUGAAAGAAAAUAAUUCCCAUAUUUCAUUUGACAUCAAAUCUGAAGAAGAAGUUUCGUAUGAUCUUGAUGAAACAACUAAUAAUGCCAUCAAUAAUUUGGUUGCAAUGAUGCUGCUUUCCUGUGAUGGUAUUAUGAGUGAAAUCACAAAGGAAGAAAUUUCCCCUUUUGGAGAAGGUUACUUUGCACAUAACAAAGUAAUUCCAAAGCCAAAAUUAAAUGAAGACUUAUUUGAAGAAAUCGUUGAAGAUGAUCUUGAAAAUGAACCAGACUCAUUAAUUAAGACGAUUUUUAUUAAUUUUACUUUUGGGGUAUUUGCAGCACCGUAUGCGUUGGGAUUUUUAAAUCCUUUCCAAUAUUCUGUUACAAAAUUAAACUUGCAAUGUAAUAUUGAUGCAUUAAUAACAGAAAAUGCAACGAAUGAUUAUUUAGAUAUUUCCUUUGACAUCAAAUCUGAAGGAAAAGUUUCGUAUGAUCUUGAUGAAACAACUAAUAAUGCCAUCAAUAAUUUGGUUGAAAUGAUGCAACUUUCCAGUGAUGGUAUUAUGAUAAUUCCAAAGCCAAAAUUAAAUGAAGACUUAUUUGAAGAAAUCAUUGAAGAUGAUUUUGAAAAUGAACCAGACUCAUUACUUAAGAUGAUUUUCAUUAAUUUUACUUUUGGGAUGUUAUUAACCCAAGUUGUGUUAUUGGCGUUUACUUCUAAGGGGAACACAUAUACAUCGACUUCUGCUACUUCAUCAAGAGAAAAUAAUCAUGGGGAUGCGAUAAAGGAAUUGUCGGACAAUAUCAUGAAAGAAUUUCUCUCUGAAAGCUUACAACUAAGCGAUAUCCGAUACGGAUAUUUUGAUAUGGAUAAAACUGUCCCAACAACACAAUGUGUUAUGGACGAAGCCGAUAUGGAUACUGAUAUGCCACCAGAACCAAAUACAUUAUCAAAAGGAAUUCUGUUAAUGCUUAGUUUUGGCUUCUUAUGUUUUACUUCAUUCGUGCAUUAUCAAAAUUCAGAUUUUGAAGAACAUACUCCUACAUUCAAUGAUCGAGUGGGAAUACAAGAGUUUGUUGAUCAAGGAAUUUCUUCUAUGGUAAACAGUCACGUAAACGUGAUGAAUGAAUCAUCUGAAAAUAUAAUGAGAGAAUUCCUUCCUGUUGGAUUCCAAAUUGACUCUGAUGUGACUCCAUCAGGUCACGGAUACUUUGAAUUUGAUAAAAUAAUUCCCAAGUAUGAAUACAAUAGUGCUUUAUUUGAGGUCGUUGAAGAUAAAUAUUAUGAAACAGACCCCAUAAGCUUACUAGAUAACAUCCGUUUCCAGCUCACUAUUGGUAAUUAUCUCUUAAGUGAACUAAAAGAAAUUUUGAUAAUUAUGUUCCAAUUUACGGAUGAACAAUUAGUUAAGUUCUUUUCAUUUGUUAUUUAUAUUAUUUCGAUUUUAGCUAGUAUUUUUGUUGCUUAUAUUAUUAUAGUGCCAGCUAGUGGAUCAAAACUAUUAGUCUAG